AUGACCAGGAAACAGAACACAAGUCUGGAGGAUGGGAAGAGUAGGAAAAGGAUUCUGAAACCCGUUGUGGAAAAGAAAAGAAGAGAUCGAAUAAAUCAAAGUCUAGGUGAACUGAGAAGUUUGCUGUUGAAGCACACGUCUGAUCCCCGGCUUCAGAAUCCUAAAAUAGAGAAAGCAGAGAUUCUUGACUUGGCUGUGGAAUAUGUUCAGACAUGGACAGACGGGAAGAACCACAGAAAGGACUCUAUAGACAGUCAAAUGAGGACUCCUGUGGCAUCUCUCCAUCACCCAGAAUCCAUUGCUCCUGCUCCCGUCACCAUAGAGGGUGCAGGUUUUCAGCAGUGUGUGGCCCAGCUGACCAGCUACAUGAACAGAAUCCCCCCGGCACAGAGGAGAAGCCUGAUCGAGGGUCUCAAGCAUCACACAGAGAGCCAGCAGCCCCACACCAUCACAGCAGAGUAUAACCCCAGAUUGACAGAUGUGACCAAAGCACCAGAUGGAUUAUCCGGGGAGUUCAUUUGCACAUCUGAGAGGAGAGAAGAGUCUCCUAAAUUUCAUUCCCACUCCACGUUCCACCCUCUCGCCUGCUCCACACCUUGCCACGACUACCUGUCACCCCCUCCCUCCCCCUGGCUCUCACCCUCCUUCUCCACAUACGCCACCUCUCCUCCUUUCCCGUCAUUUGCCUCUCACUUCUCCUUCCCCCCCAGCCUGUCACCUCGGUCUUGCAACACCUCCUUCUUCAGUUUCUCGCCCCCUCUCUCAGGCCCUGCUUCCCUCCACUGCCCCCCUUUCCUCACACUCAGGUCCCCUCCACACCCUGCACAGAGGGGGGGCCACCCACCAAACUCUCCCUCCUCCAUUUGGAGACCUUGGUGA